AUGUUUUGGAUGAUUGUUAUUAUUUUAUCGUUAUUUUCUAUUGGUGAUUGUAUUAGUAUUGGUAAAAUAGAAGAUUAUAUUAUGAUCGAUAUAAUAAAUAGUACUUUAUUGAAUAUUAGUCGUGAAAAAUGCAUAUGUGAAUUGGUAAAAUCCAAUGAAUUAGUAUCUGCGUUAAAUUAUUUUGAAGCAAAUCAAACUUGUCAAUUAUUUUAUUCAAAUAAGAAUUCAAUAUUAAUUCAGUUUUAUAUUAAUUCUUCUUUGACAUUUAUUAAUCAAUCAUCGAUAUCGGUGACAACUAUUCAAUCUCUGAUUCCUCCAGCUCAUCAACUACUUCAUCAACAACUAGUCCAUCCACCUCAUCAACAACCAGCUCAUCCACUACUUCAACUACCAGUUCAUCCACCUCAUCAACUACUUCUUCAACUACCAGUUCAUCCACGUCGUCAACUACUUCUUCAACAACCAGCUCGUCCACUUCUUCAACAACCAGCUCAUUCACUUCUUCAACUACCAGUUCAUCCACCUCAACAACUACUUCUUCAACAACCAGUUCAUCGACUUCUUCGACAACCAGUUCAUCCACUUCUUCAACUACUUCGACAACCACUACAUCAACAAGCCAAAUAA